UAACGAUGUUGCUAAAGAAGGAGGUGACACGUGCAAGUUUGUAUUUAAAAAACGCUUGGCACGUAAACAAACAGCUAGACAGCGUAAUAAGUCUGAUAAUGUCAAGUAACAAAAGACAAAAGAAACAAGAGAGCGACGAUGAUAGUAGCGAUGAAGAUGUUAUGGUAUCAUACAGAAGUAAAAGAGCUGCAAUCCCAGCUGGUCCAAGUGAUCAAGGUGCCACAUCAACAUUAGAAACAGAAACAAAUUUCGACAAAGAUGCACAAGCAAUAUUUGAAAAAGCUCAGAAAAUCAAUGAGGAACUGGAGGGCAAGGCGGAUGACAAGAUCUACAGGGGCAUAAACAAUUAUGCUCAAUAUUACAAAAAAAAAGACACCGCAGCUGGCAAUGCGUCUAGUGGUAUGGUUAGAAAAGGGCCCAUAAGAGCUCCAACUAAUUUGAGAGCAACUGUGAGGUGGGAUUAUCAACCAGAUAUAUGCAAAGAUUACAAAGAAACCGGUUUCUGCGGUUUUGGAGACAGUUGUAAGUUUCUUCACGAUCGAUCGGACUACAAAUUAGGUUGGCAAUUGGAACGCGAGGCAACAACUAAUUCACAAGACCUCAGUGGUGAUGAAGAUGACACAAAGUAUGAGAUUAACAGUGAUGAAGAACAACUUCCAUUUAAAUGUUUUAUAUGCAGAAAUACGUUCCAAGAUCCAAUAGUGACAAAGUGCAAACACUACUUUUGUGAAAAAUGCGCUCUUAAACAUUACAAAAAGAGCACUAGGUGCUACAUUUGUAAUGCUCAGACAAACGGUGUGUUUAAUCCUGCGAAAGAAGUCAUUAAAAAAAUGGAAGCUGAACAGAUUGAAAGUAAAGAAGAUACGCCAUCCGAUGAUGAAUGAUGUAUCUAAUAACUUUUAUCUGAAGUCAAUAUUAAAUUAAUACAAAAUAAGUGAGGGGGGGGGUGACUUCAAAAAGAGAGA